GUAAAGAAAAAUUAGGCGUACCGCAGAACGAGAAUGUUUCUUUAGUAUUGGAAUCUGACGGGACCCAAGUUGAAGACGGUGAAUACUUCAAGACACUAGCCAAUAAUACGAUUUUACUUUUAUUGCGGCAUGGUGAACGGUGGUGUCCAACUGGGGUUGACAUCAUACGAGCCGCGAUAUCAGCGAUACCGAAAAUAGUUUGCGAAACAAUCCACGCCCUGGAGCUGCACGAUGAGACGCCAUCGUGGAAAAUUAUGGACAAUAAGGGACGAGUCACAGUGGUCCUACACUGGGACCAACGUUCGUCGUCGUCGUCGCAGGUUCAAUCGCAGUCGAAGGGCGCGGAUGCCCAGUCCUCUAAAUAUUCGCCAACUAAGAAAGCCGAUCUGAGCGGGAGUCAGCGGCCCUCGUUGGUGAUUGAAACUAGCAUUGACAAGUUGAAUUAUGGGGGAAAGCCAACGCAUUUGCCGGGCGGCGAGCUAGGUCCAAGCAGAUACGCGGGUCCCCAAAUCACUGUGAUAAAUCAUGAUGAUAUGCAAGCGCAGCAACAGCAACAACAGGCGCAGCAACAGGCGCAGCAAGUGCACAGUAUGCCAGGUCGUUUGGUGAAGCAAGGAACUAAUUCUUUCGAAAGCACGACCAUCCAUAUCCACACGCCAGAGUGUUCAAAUCACAUACAUCAGCCGGUAGCGAGGAACGGUAGUCCUGUUAACGGGGCGGACAACGGUACCACAGGGGAAUGCGAUUUUCAUUGUUGUGCAUUGCACGAGGAGGGCCGUAGGAUCGCGGUGCACAAAUCGGUUGCAACCUCGCCGAUUCAGGACAGUCAACAUCAGCAGUAUCAACAGCAGCAGCAACAGCAGCAGCACCAUCAUCCGCAUCAGCAACAACAGCAACAGACCCAGACCCAAACCCCGUCGCCCCAGCCGCCCUCGUCCUUGUCCGAUGGGACGAGGCGGUCGGGAUUGGGCAAGGGCCACGUCAGAUUUCGCGACACAACUGACGAGGAAUCGAGUCCACGUUUAGGUCCCGGCAAUUCGAACGCAGCCGGGAGUUUUCAUCUUCAUCAUCAUCAUCACAAUCAUCAUCAGGAGCACGACAGCUCCGAAUCAGAAACCGAGAACACAAUUAUGGAGGACGAGAUACACACCUCCGAAAAGUUUUUAUUGCUCAUCGAUCAGUUAACCGUAGAUCAAAAGCAUCAUUUAAGUAUAAAGGACAUCGGCAUCAUAUUAGAACGUUUAAGCUCGAAAAUAUUGGACGUAGAAAGAUUGGAUCGGGAGAGCGAAAGUGAGGAGUGUUACAAUUGGACGAUCAAAGCCAUCAUCAGGGGUGACGUAUUACGCGAAUUGGGGGUCAUUUAUAAUGGCAAUUAUUAUGCGAUCUCGGAACACCCGGGAUACAAAGAGGAGUCCGAAGAGAAUAACGAGGAUAACGAGGAGGAGGAGGAGGAUAGACUUUAAUACGAUCCUGUUUUAUUAGACGGACACGGACA